AUGUUUUGGAGAUUUGGCGGUUACGCCAAUGUCUCCACCAUCGACACCAUUCUCGACAAGGACAAAUUUCAACUCGAGGAACUCCUCGACGAAAGCGACCUCGUUCAGGAGCUGAAGCAGCACAAUGCACGACUCGUCGAAUACCUUCGGGACCCGCAGGUCCUCGAGAAACUACUCAAAUAUGUAGUUGCCCCCAAGCUCGAGCCAGUCGCUGCACCCGACGACGACGAAGAUGAAGAUGAGGACGAGAAAAGCCAGGGAUUUGCUGGUCCAUCCAUCAGAUCGUGGAGCUCCUCAAAAGCCGGCGACACCAGCCAUGAGGACGGCGAAAAGAAACGGAACCGAUACGCCUUCGUCUCCACCGAGAUCCUGUCAUCUGAGACAUGGUCAAUAUACGAUGCGCUUAUGGAGAGCAAGCAACUUCUUCACGACUUCUGGCAGUUUUUGAAGCGCGAGCCUCCUCUUGACCCUCUGCAGGCGAGCUAUUUCACAAAGGUCAACGAGUCGUUGUUUGACAAGAAGACGGAGGAGAUGCUGGACCUCCUGAAAUCCAUGGAAGGGGCUAUAUCGGACAUCUUAAGACACGUAGAUUGCCCUAUGAUUAUGGAUCUGUUGCUCAAGAUCAUCAGCUUGGAGCGAACUGAGAAUGGACAGGGCGUCGUUGAGUGGCUCUAUACGCAAAACGUUAUGCCGACACUCCUCUCCUUCCUCGGGCCGGAGCACAGCUGGGCGACCCAGACCUCUGCUGCUGACUUCAUCAAGGCCAUCAUCACUGUUUCGGCCAAUGCGUCGCAAAACGAACAGACGUGUAUCGGCCCCAACGAGCUCACGCGCCAGCUGGUUUCGAAGCCAUGCGUUGAGCAACUCAUUCAAUACAUGCUCGGUGGCGGCAACCCGCUGACGUGCGGCGUCGGUAUUGUGAUUGAGGUCAUCAGGAAGAACAAUUCAGACUAUGACCCAGAAGGCGUGGAUAUCAACGCAGCCCCGUCCAGUCGGGACCCCAUCUAUCUCGGGACGCUCCUUCGCCUUUUCGCCGAGCACGUCCCUGAUUUCAUGAAUCUCAUUCUGAAUGCGCCAGCUCAGAAGCAACGGAUCUCUUCGACUUUUGGGGCCCCUCUUGAGCCGCUGGGUUUUGACCGAUUCAAGACGUGCGAGUUGAUGGCGGAGCUUCUGCAUUGCAGCAACAUGAUGCUGCUCAACGAAGCCGGUGCCGAGGGCUUGAUCGCCGCCCGGGACGCCCUUCGUCACCGGCUUAGAGCGGAGGGCCGAUUGCAGCCAAUGAGCGGCAGUAAUGAUGCGCCGACAGAAGAUCUUUCCAUGCAAGCCCCGCAGCCGCCGGCCGCGGAGCAAGGCCGGAGGCUCGAAGUCAUGAACUUGUCCUCGGACGACGACGGCUUUGAGGAGGUGUCGCAUGCUGCAGACGAUGAAAAUACCCACGGCGUCGUGGAGCUCCCUGAUGCCCCCACGCAUCCCCCAGGAUCUUCUUUGCUCGAAAAGGACGACGACGAGUUCGUCGAUGAACCUCUCAGCUCGCCCAAGCUGACAACGCUUGAGCCGGAAGUCAGCAGGACCGAGCAGCAGCAACCAUUUGAUGAUGCUGACCUGAUGGUUGCCCCACUCUCUCCUAACAAGAAGGCGACGUCGACGUCAGCAGGCGGGGAGGUCAAACAAGCCACAACUGCUGGGAACAUUUGCCAGCAAGCGGCGGCGGUCAGCGGAGAGUCAGAGGCGAAAGGCGACGGGUCACGCCAGGCUGAGCAAGCAGACGAAUCUGCCAGUGCCCCGGCCGCCCCAAAGACCCACGAACCAAAGGCAGAAGGUACCGCUGAAACCAAACCAUCGACCAGCGAAGCGGCGUCCUCUCAUUCACCGGACAACCCAGGCUCCGUGAUCAUCGAAGGGAAUGCUCCAUUGCCUCCCCAAGAGGGACCCGCAGAAUCGGUUGCAGCCAAUGCCGAACCGUCACAAGAAAAAGCUGUCGAGGCACACAUCAAGGACAUCGCGACGCAAAUGUCGGAAACGGAGCCGGUGCAGCCCGAGGCUUUUCCCUCACAACCAGCCCCGGAGACGAGAGACACCUCUGUCAUCAUGACCGACGCAUUAAGGGCCGAAACCGAGGUUCCUGUCAAACCCAGUCCGGUUGUUGGAGACUAUCUGAAGAUGCAAUUUGUUGAGCACCGUGUCGUCCCAACAAUCCUCGGCUUCUUCUUCAAGUAUCCAUGGAACAACUUCCUUCAUAACGUCGUGUACGACAUCGUUCAGCAGGUAUUCAACGGGCCCAUGGAUAGGGGUUACAAUCCGACGCUCGCCAUCAGCCUGUUUGAGGCCGCCGACAUCACGAAUCAGAUCAUCAACGGACAACUCACUAGCGAAAAGUCCCAAGCUGAGACCAAGACUCGCAUGGGAUUCAUGGGCCACCUGACGCUCAUUGCAGAAGAGGUUGUCAAGUUCACCGAACGCCACCCCCCUGAGCUCCUGAGCGAGCUGGUGCUGAAGAAAGUGAUGGCGCAGGAUUGGGUCAACUACGUUGAGGGCGCUCUUGCUGAGACGCGCGAGCGUGACAACGCUAUUCUCGGCGGCGUCCGGCCGGAAGUGGCCAUGAGCCGGGCAAACGCUCAGAGUCUAAUGGGCGCCGGAUUCUCUGGGUUGAGCUCGAUCGGCCUCGGCGGUGGCCCCUCCAGUGCUCUCGCGGACGCCGGGCUUAACGGCAGCUCCGAACUGGCCGAGGGCUCCGGCAGCGGCGGGAUCGGACCCUUUGCUAUCAGCGCGGGGACUCUGAUGAGCGGAUUCGGCAGUUCUAGUGACGAAGACGAAGACGAGGAACAGGACACGGAAGAGGAUGUCAACAAUGAGUUCCGGGCCUACACCGACCCCCUGAAUGCCAACUCCAACGCCAUGAACCCGCCUUCGAUCCCCCCUCCUCCGCCUCCCCCACCGCCUCUCAACAUCCCUCCAUCACGAGCCCGCCUCCAACUUGCCGCCCGUUUGGCGAUGAACAAGCGCAACGCGGCGGCGACCGCUGCUGCCAACGGCGGUCAGGAGGGCAGCUUGCCCCCCACGGCAGACGACGCAACUGGGUCCGGAGGCUUCACCCUCCCUAGCACGACAGGGAGUGAGCGGUUGCGCGACCCCUUCGCUGACUACGACGAUGACGACGAGGACAACUCGGGCAGCGGAAGUGAUGACGGCGAGACCGAGAACGGGCAAGGCGACGAAGGCUUGGGAGUGGACUCGACCAGCACAGCUUGGAACCGUGGGUCGUGGUGGCGGGGCGUGGUCCGCGGCACCAGGCGCGGCGGGACCAGCGGAGCGGGCUACGACGACCAGGACGUGGACGAGGUUGAGCGGUUCGGCGACGGGCGGGACGAUGAUAGCAGCGAUGAGGAGGGCGGUCGGCGGUUGGGGGUUGAAGACGACGAGGAUGUCGUCGAGGACGAAGAGUUUGGCGACUUUGCCAUGCCCGAGGUCGAAGAGGGCGUCGGCGGCGGCGGUGUGUCAGGCAUCGACCCCGCCCGCGAGAGCAUCCUUCACAAACCUAUGCCCUUGCACCCUACCUCGACAACGGCGCUCAAGAGCACUACCAUCAGUCCGUUUAGCGGCCUGUGGCCGUUCUCGAGGGACAAUAAGAAGGAGGAUGACACGUCGUCGGGUCAAGGGGAAGGGUCAAAUGCUAGUACCCCUACCGCGCCUUCCCCCGGGCCGGGCGGCUUCACGGAGGAACCGGUCCAGCUGACGCAUGAGGAAGAGGCUAUGCUCAGCGAGGACGGGAAGAGGAUUGACCGGGCGGUGGAGGCUAAGCGGAGGACUAGCAUUGAGGACCCGGAUGAGGACGAGGUGGAUGUGGGCGAGGAAAUCAUUGUGCACCGCUCACCGGGGAUCCGUUAG